AUGGACUCGCGCAAUCUAGAGACCGCUUCGAAUUACAUCAACAACCUUUUGCUCGCGCGAGGCCUAUUGAAGAAUGGCAAGCCGAUUGAUUUUGCGCAGCCGGGCGAUGGCGCAGAAAAAUCAGAUGCCACCAUGGCAAAUAUUAUCAAUCUCGUGAACGAUCUUGUACUUAGGAGAGAUCGAGAAGCGGAGCACCGAGAAAGCCUGGCAAGCACGAUACAGAACUUGCGCGCUUCGGAGUCGCAACAGACUGUAGAGAUUGAACGAUUGAAAUCGAAAAAUACAGAAUUAGCUCGAUCCGUGGCCUUGGCCGAGGGCCAACAGCGUGCCUUGAAAGCGAAUAUGUCCAGCACCGAAGCAACGGUUCGGAAAUUGAAGGAGGAGCAGCAAAAAAUGAAGACGAUUGUGCAACAAGUCCGCGCGCAGUGCGCGAACGACAUUCGAAAAAGGGAUACCGAGUUACAAAAAUUAAAGUCUCAUUUGAAUGAUCGCCAGCGAGGGAAGCGAGAGGGCCUAGGGGUGACUACAAUCAAUAUAAAUCGCACAAUGGAACGGACAUCCAAAUCAGAACCCGAUGUUAGCAACCCGGGGUACAGUUUGAAACAAGAGACCACGAAUUUUUUGACGGAGCUUUGCCAGAAUCUGAGUGACGAAAACGACACGCUCAUCAAUCUGUCGCGGACCACCAUUUACACUCUGAAAGAAUUGCAAGGCAUCUCAGAAUCAGAUUCGGCCGACGGCGAGUCGUCUAACAUGGGAGUAUCGCAAUCUCAAAGUCAGACAGGGCCGGUCAGCUCAGUACCAACGAAUGUCAUGGACCUCUCAGCGCAAAUGGAUACCGUGCUUGCUCAUUUGGGAACUUUGUUGACGAAUCCGUCAUUUGUCCCUCUGGAAGAAGUUGAAAUGCGCGACGAGGAAAUAACGCGGCUCCGAGAAGGCUGGGAGCGAAUGGAAAUGCGCUGGAAACAGGCAGUCACCAUGAUGGACGGCUGGCACAAGCGAAUCCAACACGGAGGCGAUUCUGUCGAUCUUAAUGAGCUCAGAAAGGGCAUGAGCUUAGAUUCGGGUCUCGGUCGGUCGCUAGCUCUGUCGUCCACGGACGGACACGAUCCUAUUGACGGUGAUGAUGAUGACGAUAAUGAUAACGGGCUGGAGGAUUCGCUAGAGGAAGACGAAGAUGCCGAAACUGAACCGCAAGCCAAGAGUCUCAAGCCCACGUUGGCUAAGCCGCCUAUUCGGGCUCUUGGCGAGAGAAACGGGAAUCUCAGGUCAAGAGCAUCGACUCGGAAAGUAUCAUUUUACGAUGGGGUAAUGGACACAGCACCAGACGGGACAAGUGGCGGGGAAGAAGUAACUGCGCCGCCAGCCCGGGCUCAAAAAACCGAAAAAGUAACACAGAGGACCACCACACGAAGAGCAUCAUCUCAGGUUCCGCGGAGGGUGAAUCAACCCCCUCAAUUGUCCGUAAAGGAAAAGUUAGCCGCAGUCGAAGCCGAAGCGCAGGCUGCUACAGAGGACUCCACAACGCAAGACAACACGAAGAAGAGAACUCGAUCGAAACGCGACCUACCGGCUACUACUAUUGCUGCUACUAAAGGCGGGAAAGGAGGUCGGCGGCGGAGUACGCUGACGAAUGAAGAAUUGGAACAGUUGCUUGGAGUGCCGGAAGAAUAA